AUGCUCACAACUCCCCAGGAUCUCAAUCUGCUUCGUUUUCUGUGGUCGAGGGCUCGUUCGGAUAGCCCCACGCUCCGUGAAGACGCUCCCCAAAACCGUUUACAAAACGGUCAAGGUCUCAUGGAACUAGGACCUCAAUCUGCUUCGUUUUCUGACCUCAAUCUGCUUCGUUUUCUGUGGUCGAGGGCUCGUUCGGAUACCCCCACACUCCGUGAAGACGCUCCCCAAAACCAUUUACGAAACGGUCAAGGUCUCGUGGAACUAGGACCUCAAUCUGCUUCGUUUUCUGUGGUCGAGGGCUCGUUCGGAUACCCCCACACUCCGUGA